AUGAUGAAGAACAUCAUCACUAUCGCUGCCUUCGCUGCUGGCACCAACGCCCUCGUUGGCCGCAGUGACAGCUGCUGCUUCCACCUCACUUCUUCUGGUGGUACCUCCGGCCAGCUUGGCCAGCUGAGCGAUGGCCAGAACCGCAUUGGCGAUGAUAGCCUGUCCCCCGCCCAGUACUGCAUCGAUUCCAAGGGUGCUAUCACUGACUCCGAGGGCCGUGGCUGUAUUCUCACCCCCCCCACUACCCAGUUCCAGUGUGACGAGGGUGCUGCUCCCACUCCCGGCUUCUCUCUCGGCCCUAACGGUGAGCUCGAGUACCACGGUAGCAAGGACUUUGUCGCCUGUGCCACAGGCCAGAACGGUGGUCUGAACGUCUACACCACCCCCAACGAGUCCGAUGUCACCGGUUGCGUGAACGUCGAGUUGACUGCCGACUCCUGCUCGAGCUCCGGCUCAGGUUCUGGCGGCUCGUCGUCAUCUGCCAGCGCUGUUCCCUCUUCUUUCGGAUCCUCCAGCGCUCAGUCAACCCCCUCUGCUCCUGUCUCGUCUGCUCCUGUUACCCAGUCCACCCCUACUAGCUCUGCUGCCGUGUCUCAGUCCACUCCUGGUUCCGGCUCUGGUGAGGGAUCCGGAUCUGGCUCUGGCUCUUCUGCCCCCGCUCCCUCGGCCCCCUCUGAGUCUCCUCUCUCCGGCUCUCCCAUCACUGUCGUGAACACUAUUACUGUCACCGACUGCAGCUGCUCCGCCACUGCCCCUGUUGGCGGUGGCGAUUCCGGCGAGCAGCCCUCCCCUUCCGCUACCAUGCCUGCUCCCUCCGGCGGCGGUAGCGACAGCGGCUCGCAACCUACCGGCUCUGUCCCUGCUCCCUCUGGACCCCAGCUCUCUGAGUCGGCUACCGCUCCCGCUCCCUCCGGCGGUGGUUCGCAGCCCAGCGGUUCCGGCAGCGCAUCUGUCCCCGCCAGCUCUGUCUCUUCCACUCCUUCCGCUACUGAGUCCUCCAGUGGCUCCUGCCCCACCACCCUCACCUCCGGCAGCUAUGAGUACCCCCACCUGAUUGUCCCAGUUGACUCUUCCUCGCCCGACACUGCGGCUGGCACUUCCUACAAUGGCACUGUGAGCUCCACCAUCUCCAGCGCGUUCAACUUCGACAUUCCCUCGUCCGAUGAGGGUAAGACUUGCAGCCUCGUCUUCCUCUUCCCUGAGCUCCAGGAUCUCGAGACCUCCUCCUACAGCUUCAGCGGUGACGGCAAGAUCGACUUUGCUAAGCUCUCUUCCGCUGUCGAGGAGUCUACCACCUUCAACAACAUGCCUUCCGUCUCCCAGGACCUCGGCGACAUCACCGUCUCCCCCGGCAACUCUUACGUUGUUUCCACUUUCCCCUGCCCCGCCGGCGAUAAGGUCGCCUACAAGAUGGAGAACUCUGGUAGCACCGACCUUAACUUCUUCGAGGACUACAACCCCUCUCCUCUCGGUCUGUACAUCACUACCUGUUAA